GGAGUGAGCAAAAAGUAUAUAAUCCCAAACUGAUGAGCAUGAGACAGAAAAAUAUAUUACCCUGUAACUAUUUCAAUAGAAGAUAAAUUUUCACAAUGAAUUUUUUUACUUGAAAUUAGAUGAAAAUGAAGGUAAAGAUGAACGAAGGGGAAACUCACGCUCAGCGUGAUAUUUACCCUGUGAUUCGUGAAUCUGUAAAUGUGAGAAUCAGAUUGAUCAAAGAAUAGAGAGAGAAAAUUACAAUAAGACAAUUAACUUGAUCGAGAGCGUUGGAAAAUUAUUCCAAGGACAACAAUCAUUACACUGACCAUUAAAAUAGCCAUUACUUAAAGUGAGAACCAUUCACUUGACUGUUAACUAUUUAAGAGUAAACUUUAUAUCAGUUUUUACAAUUAUCUAAAUUACCUUUGGGCUUAAUUUUGUUUUGUUUCUGCUAAUUAUCAAUUCUUAUACUUUUGAUUAUUCUCAUAAUUAUCAUUUAAUUGUCGUUCCUUGAUUAUCAUGUUUAUCUUUAUUACAGUGAUAACAUUGAUUACUCUUUGGUCACAAUCUAUUGUGGGCCAACAACAAUCAACUAAUUGUCCUAAACAGUGUUUUACAAAUGCUCCCGUUUGUGCUUCCGAUGGUAAAAUGUACCGAUCAAAAUGUGAAAUGGAAAUGAAAAAUUGCGGAAAAAAUUUGACCAUUAUUGAUAUGAAACAAUGUACUAAAGAUCCUGGACAGUGUCCUAAGCUUUGCCUCGAAAUAUACGAUCCCGUUUGUGGUGACGAUGGUAAAAUGUAUUCUAAUAAAUGUAUCAUGCAAAAGCGCAAUUGUAAUAAGCGACCAGUGAAAAUUGUCGACAAAUCUUUUUGUAUCAACUCAACUCGACAGUCUCGAAACUUUGAAGAUUGUCCAAAAUCGUGCCUACUAACUGAUAAACCCGUUUGUGGAUCAGAUAAAAGUUUAUAUCGAAAUGAAUGUGUAAUGAGACAAAAAAAUUGCGGAAAACGUAUCAAUACAAUUGACAUAAAACAGUGUGUCCAAGAGACUCAUCCAUGUCCUAAUCGUUGCCUAACUAUACCUGAUCCCGUUUGUGGCUCAGAUGGUAAAUGGUAUCUUAAUCAGUGUUGGUUAAAUUACACUAAUUGUGGUAAAAUACCAGCGAUUAUUAAAGUGUCCAAAGACCAAUGUAAAGGGCGGUUAAACUGAUCGUUAGUUUAAGCAUGGGACAAAGGAAAUGGCCUCAAAUGCUAUUUUCGUAACGAUCUAAAAUGAAACAAAUAAUGAUAAUUCUUAAUACCAUUGACUAAACUAUUUUCUCUGCAUAUCAAUAUUAAUAUAAUAAUUAAAGCAGAAAUAAAAU